AUAGGUCAUUUCCAUGGGCCCUGGGGGUGGCAGUGGUGGGGCAGACUCUGAUACUGUCCCUUUUUUUCCUCCGCUGACAGGCACAGGUACCCUUAACCCUGUCCUGCUCUGCCCUUCCCCAGGCUGUUGGGCAAAUCCCCGUUGGGCCCUGAGCCCCAUGAGGCCCUCGCCUCCCCUCAUUGGGUCUCUUGGGACACAUGGGUGUGAAUGCUAGAUACUCAGGCUCUGAGCUCAGGGUCCUGAUCAAUGGCCCCCAAGAGCGAGACCUUGCUGCCCCGUGUUGGAAAGAAACAGCCCCAUGUGUGGGGAUCUGUCCCCACCCCGACCCCGAGCCUAUCUGGUCGGCCCUCUGAGGGCUGAGUGCUGCCUUGGGUUUCUGACCUGGCCCAGCCACGGUGACCAGGGCCAAAGCCGGUGACAGUGGUGCAGGCAGAGGGCGGCUCUGUGGCCACACGUGACCCACUGGGGCACACGGGACCGUCGGGAGCUGUCUGGCGUGCCGGGGGCUGUUUAAUAUUUACUGAGUCCUCUUGGAGCUGAGCCGGUGACACAUCCACCCUGGAGGCUGCUCCUGGCUGGCUGUUGUGACAUCCGGGUCUGACUCGCAGCCUGAUUUCACCAUCCAGAGGCUGCGCGCGCACCGCUGGUUGGGCCGCCCUGCCCUGGGACACCAGACGGGGUGCCGGGCUCAGAGCUCAUAGGCAGAUGGGCAGGGCGCCGGGCUCAGAGCGCCCGCCCUCCUGGGACUGCAGGACCCCGGCAGCUGGCCCCUGAGUGGCCCCUGUGCCUGGAGAUGGCGACCUUGUGGAGAGCGCGUUCCAAGAGGAAGCUGGCCAACAAGAAUUCUGUGAGGUCGCGGUCACCGGCGAAAUACUCCAAGUCCUACGGCACACUUCGCAAGGUGCCGGCCGGCCUGGAGCCCAAGCCGCAGCAGGUGAAGAAGAUCUUCGAAGCCCUGAAGCAGGGCCUCAAGGAGUACCUGUGUCUGCAGCAGGCCGAGCUGGAUUACCUGUCAGGACGGCACGCGGACACCCGGAGGAAUUCCAGGCUGGCCUUCUAUUAUGACCUGGAUAAGAAGCAAACCCGCUGGGUGGAAAGGCACAUCCGGAAGAUGGAGUUCCACAUCAGCAAGGUGGAUGAGCUGUACGAGGGCUACUGCAUCCAGUGUCGCCUGCGCGACGGGGCCUCCAACAUGCAGCGUGCCUUCUCCCGGAGCCCACCGAGCCGCGCGUCCCGUGAGAGCCUGCAGGAACUGGGCCGCAGCCUGCACGAGUGCUCCGAGGACAUGUGGCUCAUCGAGGGGGCGCUGGAGGUCCACCUGGGCGAGUUCUACAUCAGGAUGAAAGGCUUGGUGGGCUAUGCACGCCUCUGUCCGGGGGACCACUAUGAGGUGCUCAUGCGCCUGGGCCGCCAGCGCUGGAGACUGAAGGGCCGCAUCGAGUCUGACGACAGCCAGGUCUGGGACGCAGAGGAGAAGGCCUUCAUCCCCACCCUGCACGAGAAUUUGGAGAUCAAGGUGACAGAGCUUCGGGGCCUGAGCUCGCUGGCCGUGGGCACCGUCACUUGCGACAUUGCAGACUUCUUCACGACGCGGCCGCAGGUCAUUGUGGUGGACAUCACGGAGCUGGGCACCAUCAAGCUGCAGCUGGAGGUGCUGUGGAACCCCUUUGAUUCCGAGAGCCCCCUGGUGUCACCCAGCCCCACGGGCAAGCUUUCUGUGGGCAGCAGGAAGGGCUCCUUGUACAACUGGACACCCCCGAGCACCCCCAGCUUCCGGGAGAGAUAUUACCUGUCCAUCCUGCAGCAGCCAGCACAGCAGCCCUUGCUGCUAGGUGGACCAAGGGCCACCUCCAUCCUCAGCUACCUGUCCGACAAUGACCUUCAGGGCCCCAGGCUGCGGAGCCGGAGUCAGGAGCUGCUGGAGAUGGACUCCUUCAGCUCCGAGGACCCCCGAGACACUGAGACCAGCACAUCAGUGUCCACCUUGGACGUGGGCUUCCUGCCCUUGGCCAUCGGCCCCGCUGCUUCUACUGGAAAGGAAGUGCAGGAGGACCGUCCACCCCUAGGCCUGCUGCCCGCCAUGGCCCCGCUGGCUGAUGGUUCCUUUGUGGAGCGCCCCGGCUGGAGGAACUUGGGCACGGAGAGCCCCAGCCCGCCCUGGGGCUCCCCCUUCCACAGCUGCACAGUUCUGAGCAGGCCGAGGGGUCAGGGGGACGGAGAAACCAGGGACGGAGCAGAUGCCUCCGCAGCAGCCCCCGAGCAGCCUCUGCAGGAGGUCCUCGAGUUACUGAGGUCUGCGGGCCCCACACAUCCCCAGCUCCGGGAACUGGAGUACCAGGUCCUCGGCUUCCGGGACCGCAUGAAGCCUCGUGGAGCCGGAGCCCGACAGGAGCAUGCCUCCUCCGAGAGCCUGAUGGAGUGCAUCCUGGAGAGCUUCGCCUUCCUCAACGCUGACCUCGCCGCCGACCAGCUGUCCCUGUUUGGGGGCUCCCAGGGCCCCCGAACAGACAGGAUGACACCGCCACCGCCGUCACUGAAAGAGCCCCCCUCAGAGCUCACAGCUGGCGCCCCAGAGCUGGAUGUGCUACUCACGGUCCACCUCCAAGUCUGCAAGGCCCUGCUGCAGAAACUGGCCUCGCCUAAUUUGUCCAGGAUGGUCGAGGACAGCCUUGUGGAAGAGGCCGUGCAGCAAAAGCAGGUUCUGGAGCUGCUUUCUGACCUUGAUUUCGAGAAGGCCAGCAGGGCGACGUCCAUCGAAGAGAUCUUUCCGCAGGCCUCUCGAAGGAAGGGCUGCCUGAAGCUGUGGCGGGGGUGCACGGACCCUGGCGGCGUCCUGUCCUGCCCUGCCACACGGCUUCUGAGUCAGCUCAAGAAAACCUUCCUGCACAGAGUCCGAGGGAAAUACCCGGGACAGCUGGAAAUAGUGUGCCGCAGGCUCCUGGAGCAGGUGGUCACCUGCAGUGGGCUGCUCCCUGCAGCCAGGCUCCCUGAAGAACAGACCGUCACCUGGUUCCAGUUUCACCACUAUCUGCAGAGACAGAGCGUCUUGGACCUGGAGAGGCAUUUUGCGCAGCUCACCAAGGAAGUCACACUCAUUGAGGAGCUGCACUGUGCCGGGCAGGUCAAGGCCGUCAGGAAGCUGCAGGGGAAGCGACUGAGCCAGCUCCAGCCCCUGCCGCAGACCCUGCAUGCCUGGGCACUUCUGCAGCUGGACGGGGCCCCAAGGGUGUGCAAGGCAGCCAGCUCACGCCUGGCCAGCGCAGCAAAAAAUCGGAGCUUCCGGGAAAAGGCCCUGCUCUUCUACACCGACGCCCUGACCGCCAGCGACGCCAGACUCCAGCAGGCCGCCUGCCUGGCGCUGCGGCAGCUCCAGCAGGGCGUUGAAAGCGUUGACCAGAUCGCCAGCCUGUGCCAGUCUGAGCUGGAGGUCGUGCGGGCAGCAGCCCGGGAAGCCACUCUGUCCUUCGGAGAAAAAGGACGUCUGGCUUUUGAGAAGAUGGACAAGCUUCAUGCAGAACAAGGGGCAGACUUCGGCCCCGAGGCCGAUGUUGAAAUCACAAUUUUCUAACAAGCGUCCGAGGAUCUGUUGUGCAGAAUUUCCUUGCCGCUGCCUGGUCCCAGAGCAGCGCCGAGGUUUGGGUGGGGCGUGCUGGACACUCCCCGAGGGUGAGCGGGUCAGAGCCUGGCGCUCAGACACCUACAAAGCCCCGGGCAUGAGUGACGCUGCAGGGAAGCAGAGCAAGUGUACACACAGGGCUCCCCGGGCCGGGCUGCAGCCCCCACCGAGCACCAGUUUCCACCUCCGGGAAUCUAUUGGAGCCCCCUUAGCAUGAAGAGCUGGCAAUGCCAGGCAGCCACGUACCAAAGGGCUGAGCCGGGCAAGGCCAGGCUGAUGAGUGUGCGUGUGCACUCUCCCUGUGCAUUGUUCGCUCUGCUCCGGGUUCCAUAAAUCCCGGCGCUGUGGAGGCGGGCAGCCGGGCCAGCUGGCGUGCUGUGCCAAUGACAGACUGCAGUCAGUGGUUUGAGUCAUUUCAACAGAGGCUCUGCCACCUUGGCGAGCUGGAGAAAGUGAGAGGCUCAAAGCCAGGGUUUCUCCAAGCCCCCUCACCCUGAGCUGCAGCCCAAACGCCAGGAGAGAGCAGCAGCUGGCCAGCUGUGGACCUUGUUUUACCACGUUCAACAGCAGAAAGCCAAGAUGACAAGACCCUGGCCAGGGCCCUGCGGCGUCAGGGCUUAAGCCAUUCGCUCUGGCCAUACAAAUCAAAACGAAAUCCAACUCCUGAAACAAAUGAACGGAUGGCCAAUUAAAGGAACUGCUCCAGGAGCCAGGGCUGGCCUGAAGAAAGAUUCCACUGAAGAGUGUGUUGCUUUAGAGAAAGAAAAUUUGUUUCUUAUUUAAGUGUAUUUAAAAAACAAAAAAGUCUUGUGUCCUGAGAUGCCUCUGUGUUAGCAACGUAGAUCGAACUAGGGCUUGGAGCAUUGCGGCAUUGCGGCAUUGGAAACCAUUUUCACCUAAGCUUCCUGUAUAUAGUUUGUGCAUUUUUGGUUUAAAUUAGUAUUUAUUUGCCUUGUUUAUAUGUUCUGAUUUCUGACAUUGCAAUUAAAGAGCUAUUUUAAUGA